CCAAAAAGUGAAAGUUGUGUUUGUUUUGAUUUUUGAUUUUCUGUGUUUUUCGUGUUUUUGUGCGGGAAAAUCGUGAAAAUUCAUAGCAAUGACGGAAGAAAUUGAUGAUCUGGAGUUCUUCCAGCAAGACUUUACAACUGCCAGCGAGUGGGAAAUCUUUACAGCGCGUCUAGAGGAGAUUUUCCACGAAUGGAAGUUGCCCUUUGUGAAUGCAAUUGGGAAGAAAUUAGCCAGGAAUCAGCUGUCUACGUGUGAUUGGAUGCACACGGAAGAGAAGAUUAAUUUUGCUGAUGUGGAAUUGCUAAUUAGACGCUAUACAGCAAAAUUGGAUGAUGCUGAGGGAGUUGAGAAGACAGCAGAGAAGAAAGUAGAGGAAGGUGUUCGAGAAUGCCAGGCAUUUGGGGAUGUAAUGUCCCUGGAGAAUGAUUUUAGUAUUCUUGAUGAGAAGAUCGAGGGAGAAUUGCAUCCCAUUGCCAGAUGGUAUGGUCUGAGGGACUUUGUUGUUGUCUCUCCCACGGGGCAAUCAAUAAAGAAUGAAAGUCAGAUACGAAUUCUCCUUAGUUCUGUUCACAUUGCCGUGGCAGAGAGCAACUGUGAGGUCCCAGUGUUUGUGCAGGUACUCGAGAAGAGCCACUGUGUUUUCCUUGGACUCUGUGAAUUCCAAUCCACACGCCUAUCCUUUGACGUAGUUCAUCUUGAGAAAACACCGCCACCAUUCAAAUAUCUAUCUGGACUCCUCGAUAUGUUUAAAGGAAAGAUUGGAGUGCAGUACGAGGAUCCCGUAUCCGUGGGUGUUCGUCUAAACUACCGACUUGGCACAUUCAGCGGAACAUCGUCUUUCAGUGGCAAAUGGAGCAGCUCCUUUGCCCCAAAUCCCUUUAGUUUCGACGAAGCAGAUGAGGAACCAGAAAAAUUCUCAGUUUUCCCGUUUGGGGCACUCUGCGAACCCGUCGAGGAACUAAUUUUGUACUGCACAUGGCCCCAUGUGGCAGACAACGUGGUCAUUGAUUCCCAAACAUACUCAGACUUUGAACCCCUUCAGGCUCCCAAGUGGUCACUUAGGGCAAGAUUUGAGCCCCUCCCAGCUUGCUUUCUCUCUUCAAUCCUCGAAGAGUACCUCCAUCAUCUUGAGUGCAAGACAACGCUGUCAGAGCUUCUUGGGGAUUCUUUUGUCGGCACAGCGGCAGCCUUCGAGAGCAAUCCCCUGGAUUUGCUUACAGAACCAAAACUCCCAAUUCUCACGUCUGUUCUGCCCACACUUUCUCGCCGAAGUACACGCAAGGAUAGUCAGAAAAGUAGUGGACCCAUUAGGGAUGAACAACUCAUGAAGAUGCUCUACUAUUUAUUUCCCGACGCCCAGGAGGAGUCACAACAUCCGUAUCAAAUGGCUGAAAAUGAAAUUUAUGAUCCAUUAAAAAUUAAGAGUGCUUCUCCCGACUCUCUUGUCCAACGACUCAGCGCUCUUCUAGCUAUCUGCUACGAAUACUUUGGUGGAUAUGCGGCUAUGGCGCAUCUCUGGAUGGAAUUUGCUCAGGAGAUGAGAUAUCGCGUUGAGAGGUGCAUCCAAAUUCCUGGAAUUGGAAAUGGGUUUCCGGACUCGAGGACAUGCCUCAUGCACCAGAAACUUCAGAUGCUGAACAUUUGCAUGGAGAGACGGUGUAUUCGCGAAGGAGGUUUACCUUUUUCUCUUUCUGCGGAAAAUCCAUCACAUGGCGAAGGAAAUGAAGGAAGUGGCAAGAAGAAAAUUGAUGAUUCAGAAGAUGAAUUUUUCGAUUGUGCCAACGACGAUGAUGAAGAUGAUGAAUACAAGAAUCAGCAUGCACCAUGGAAUAAGCCCGAGGGAAGAUUGUCUCGUCUCGGUGAUAUGACAUUGGUUGACUCAGAUGAACCACUCUACAUCCCCAUCACGCAGGAACCAGUCCCAAAGACGGAAGACCAACUAGAGGAUGAUGCAGAAGUGAUGCUCAAAUUGGGACCUGGAAGUGAAUUGGGCACACAAAUGAUGAGUGCCUCGCUCCUUUCUGACAUGGAGAGUUUCAAAGCAGCUAAUCCGAAUGGCAAGAUUGAGGACUUCAUUCGAUGGUAUAGCCCUCGGGACUGGAUUGAGGAUACUACAGAUGACGAUGAAGAACAUUCCAAUGCUGAAAGUGAGAAGAAGAAAAAAGGUCACUUGAGUUCUCGAAUGAUGAUCCCCGGCAAUACAUGGAGUACUGUGUGGGACUCAGCUAAACCGGUACCCGCUCGCCGACAGAGACGCCUAUUUGAUGACACCAAAGAAGCCGAGAAGGUUCUUCACUUCUUGGAAUCACGAAACAUUGGGCAAAUUGUUGAAUUAACUCUAGCCACACUCUUUCAUGCGGCUAUUUUAAAAAUCCAAGAAGAAAUUGCGGAGGACAAUUUCCACAUUCCCGCAAUGGAUGAACAAAUGGAGAAGAUUAUUACGCAGUGUUGCAAGCUUUCGCGUGAGGUUGGUCUCGGUGGUGCAGGAGCGGGACUACGUGGGAAGAAAUGGGCAAAUUUGUUACUCGAAAUAACUCACUUGGAGUAUUUUGUGAUGCAAACACGGAGCUUGGUGGUUAAACUCCUGGGAGGCGAUGUGAAAGAAAUUGAUGAAUCGACGAGGAAGCUUCUGGGGGAGCUUUUGAAAGAGCAUGAGAGUGAAUUGAAAAAUGGUGCCAAGGGGGAAUUAUCUAAGAGACUUCUUGCACUCUUUGCAGAAGCUAAAGCUGAUCAAUUUUCAAGUGAGGGGGAGCAAACCACUGGGAAUCAGUCCCUCCCUAGUCCUGUGGAGCGUCAAUUUACACUACGUGUAACCGGCAAAACUUUGGUGAAAGGAAUGGGAGGACCACAAUUCCUUCGCGCCAUCCUAGGACAAAAUGAAUUUCGUCUGUGUGGCGCUUUUUCGCAGGAUACCAACUUUCUCUGAACUGAAUGUUGAAUGCCUUUGGGGGGAAUUCUCAUCAACGAAACAGCAUUGCCGUGAGAUAAAAGUUGUACAGUACAUAUAUAAUAAUAAUGCUUUGGAUAAACGUGCAGAAAAAAAUGAGGGGAAAAGUAUUUUCCGCUUCCGGUUUGAGUCGCGAAUACCGGCGCGCAAAUGUGAGGUGAUGGUUGCUAAGGACAACGAUGGGACAGGUCGAUGGCUCUCGAACUUAAAUGUACGCAUGAGUCAGAAACCACUGUGGGUGGCCGCUUUUCGCAAAAUGCUCCAUUCUUGCAUGAUUUUGAGAUCAUUCUACGAAGUUUUAUUAUGCAAUUUUUACUUAAUUGCAAUCACAAAGGAGUCAUCUUCGAAGGGUAGUAGAUUCAAAGGGUUAAAAGGCGAUUGUGAGCGGAGGAUUUCCUUUGGGGAAUACCUUUAUGUAAAUGGAAAGAAUGGCAUGGAGAAAAUUUGACUGUAUGUGUAGUGGUAAAAGGCGAAAUUUGCACGAUGAUGGGCUGAAAAUAGAAUCCCACUACCACAGCUUUUCGCCGUGGAGCCACUCUGUUGAUACGGCUGAAGCAGGUCCAUCAGUUGAGGACCAAAUUUUCCGCUGUGCACACAUCCCGCGCUCAGUGUCUCGACAUUUUGGUGGAAACUUUUGCACUCCUCUGGCCUCAGGGAGGGCCACAAUCAAUUCUAACCAUCCCUCGUGGAUGAUUUAUGUACAUUUCUGCCCUCUCCGCAAAAUUCCUACACUUUCUCCGUGAACUUUUGUGCUUUCUUCAAGUGCGUGUGUCGCGCUCUGUAUCAUCCCCCAGGACUUUUUUCUGUUCUCGCUAUUUUAUCUAUCCGGCGAAAAGUGGAAGAUUUUUUUUAUUAGCAAAAAAGGGGUGUUGCGCUGCGUGAAAUCCUCCAUGUUCCAUGGAUUACAACCUCAAGGAAGAGACACUAUAAAAAAUCGUGCGUGAAAUUCAUUUGUGACAGAAAUCUCGGAAAUGCGUGCUAAAAAAUUAUGUUUCGUACAGUGAGGGAUGCUCAUAAUUCUUUUUGCACACUACAUACUGCACUGUGAAGUUGCAAAAGUAGUUGGCAAUAAGGAGCUUUUCCUGCGAGAGUGCUAUCCUGUGAAAGUUUAGUGAUUUUUCUCACGCCCUCUGCGAGGUGUUCCAUUGCAUUUCUGUCGCCGACAGCUUAGCGUGAAAAACGAUCCUUGGACGAUAAAAGACAAAUAAGGAGGAACAUUAAAUUUUCAUCCUUCAGGAAGUGAUAAAGAAUCUCCGAGUAAAUCUUUCUAUAUCAUCCACUCUAAAAUCCUUCAUCGUUCACACACUGAAAAAGAAUUAAUUAUUGUUCCCGAUUCAAGUGAGGCGUUUCCUCACAGAGCUUCUCGGUCAGUGAGUGUAUAUGUGUAGUAUGUAUGUAUGUUUAAAUUGAAUUCUGCGGAGACGAUGAAAGGAUAAAAUUCCUCGAGCCCGACCUCAAUCGUGCGCUAUAAGUGGAUAUUGACGGGGCGGAAAUAUUAAAAUAGGAAGUUUCAGAGACAUAUACUUCCUUUUGAUACGCAAAAAUAUAUUCGUAUGUAUAUAUUUUCUACUACGGCGGUGAAAACGUACAUAUCUUAUAGUUGGUUGUAAAGUUCGUGUUUUAUAAUCAGGAAAAUUUUUUAAAAUUUAUUUUCUUUUUAUGAAAUCAUUCUUGAUAAAAACAGAAAGUUAUUUUUAAAUUGUUUUUGAAAUAAGAAAAA